AUGGCUAAAAGGAUAUCACCAUUUUAUGUACUCAUCGAUUAUAAAAGGACUUGUAUGCGAGCACUUUUAGCACGCCUCUUUCUCCACCCUAUACCGAGCCCCUUUACCAUGAAUAACUCUAGAAAUUCUUCCUCCGUGUUUGUUCCCCAAGGUUCGUCCGAGAGAGGUCCAUCCAAGCCUCGUGGACGUCCUCCUGGCUCCAAAAAUAAACCCAAAGAGUCCAAAAGAGAAACUAUGGGUAUGAAGCCUGUUACUCUCGAAGUGCCGGCUGGAGUUGAUAUAAUCACUUGGGUUACUAACUUUGCCAACUCAAAUCAAGUAUGUGUCACUGUUACUGCUGGAUUCGGCCACGUCUCACUGGCGGUUCUUAGCAACGUAUUGUCUCAAGCUCCAGUUAGACAAUAUAAGGAGUAUCUUACCGUGAAUAAUUUUUCAGGUACCUACGUGCUCUCUCCUUUGACACAGGCAACUCCAAGCUUUUUUAACGCUGCACUGAGCAGGAUGAAUGGCGAGUUAAUUGGCGGGGCAGCAUCCAGGAUGGUCACCAUGGGUAGGGUUGUUUUGAGUGCAUAUGUUUUCCGAAAUCCUCAUGUGUUUACUGUUGGGGUUGCGGAGUUCCAUUGA